AUGGUGAACAAGGUGGUGGAGGUGAAGCUGAGUGCAGCGGAGGAGCAGGAGAAAUGGCUGGCGGAUGCUCUCAACGUGGUCAAGCAGCAGGCCUUCUACAUGCGCCGAGCACUCGACUCAGGCAAUCUACGAGAGGCCCUCAAGUACUCUGCACAGAUGCUUUCUGAGCUGCGCACAUCCAAGCUUGCACCACAGAAGUACUACGAGCUCUACAUAGUGGUGUGUGGCGAGCUGCAGAACCUGGAGGCGUUCUUCUGGGACGAGCACAAGAUGCGCGGCCGCAGCUGUGUGGACCUCUACGAGCUCGUGCAGCACGCCGGCAACAUCGUGCCCCGCCUGUACCUUCUGUGCACGGUGGGGGCGGUGUAUAUUCGCAGCAAGGAGGGGCCAGCCAAGGAGGUGCUCAGCGACCUGAGCGAGGUGUGCAAGGGCGUGCAGCACCCCAUCCGCGGGCUGUUCCUCCGGGCACACCUCACUCAGUGCUCGAGAGAUAAACUUCCUGACACAGGAUCUGAGUAUGAAGGCGAGGGCGGCACAGUGGUGGAUGCGGUGGAGUUUCUGCUGCAGAACUUCACAGAGAUGAACAAGCUGUGGGUGCGCAUGCAGCACCAAGGUCCUGCCACCGAGAGGGAGAAGCGCGAGCAGGAGCGCAGGGAGCUUAGGGAUUUGGUGGGCAAGAACCUGCACCUGCUGAGCCAGCUAGAGGGGGUGAAUCUGGACAUGUACAAGACCGUAGUGCUGCCUCGCAUCCUCGAGCAGAUCGUGAACUGCAGGGACGAGAUAGCUCAGCAGUACCUAAUGGACUGCCUCAUUCAGGUCUUUCCAGACGACUUCCAUCUCAACACCCUUGAGACACUCCUGGGGGCGUGUCCCGAGCUGCAGCCCAGUGUUGACGUGCGAACCAUCAUGUCUCAACUCAUGGACCGCUUAUCGACAUUCAUGGAUAAGAACCCUGAUGCCUUGCCGCAUUUCCUGGAGGUGGACGCAUUUGCCAAGUUCAACUCGGCUGUCAGCAAGGUGAUGGAGGCGCAGACGGAGAUGCCACUGAAGGGCGUCGUCAGCCUGCACCUCGCUCUGCUGCAGUUUGUGCUGCGAGUGCAUCCUGAUCGCCUCGACUACAUUGACCAAGUGCUGGCCGCAUGCGUUGGGAUCCUAGACGCGCGGAGGCAGACCAAGGACAGCCCGACAACAAAGCAGCUGGUGGCGCUGCUGUCAGCAGCGCUGGACAAGUUCGGCCCGGGCGGCGUGCUGACAGUGCUGCAGCUGCCGCACUACGCGCGGGUCAUGGGGCACCUGGAUCAUGAAACGAAUAAAGCAAUGGCUGUUGUCAUCAUACAGAAUAUGGUGAAACAUGAGACGACAAUAGGCGACCCGGAGAAGGUGGAGUGUCUACUGAGCCUGGUGCGCCACCUCACUCAAGACAUGGACGGGGUGCCUCCAGUGGAUGAGCUGGAUAUGGACGAUUUCUCAGAGGAGCAGAAUCUGGUGGCUCGUCUCGUGCACCUGCUGGUCAAUCCCGACCCGAGAAUACAGUUCCAGAUCCUGGCCAUCAUCCGAACGCAUCUCUUCAAGGGGGGCCAGUCGAGACUGCGCUUCACCAUCCCCUCGCUCGUCUUCUGCUCGCUGCAGCUGGUGCAGCAGCUGCUAUCUCAGGGCAUCACAGGCGCAGACCAAGCACUGGAAACGGCUGGGGCAGCGGCAAGUCAAGCAGCUAUGGCGGCUGCCGCAGCAGGGGAGGGGCCUGUCACCCCACUCACCCUCUUCCUCUUCCUUCAUAAGGUCGUGGAGACCCUAUCAGAGUUCGUUCCACCCUUGGCUCUGAAGCUAGCCCUGGAGUGCGCACAGGUGGCCAGUGCUUGUGGCCUUGAGCCCAUCGCAUACGACCUCUUCACCCUCGCGUUUGUCAUCUAUGAGGAGGAGAUUUCGGACUCCAAGGCACAGGUCACCGCACUGCACCUGAUAAUUGGAACGCUUCAGCGCUGCCAUGUGUUUGCAGAGGAGAACAGAGACACGCUCACACACAAGACCACUGGGUACUCGGCCAAGCUAUUAAAGAAGGCGGACCAGUGUCGCGCUGUGUGUGCCUGCGCGCACCUCUUCUGGAGUGAUGAGGAGAACGGCCCGAGAGAUGGCGAGAGGGUGGUGCUUUGCUUGAAGCGAGCUCUCAAGAUUGCCAAUGCAGCAGCACAGCAGCUCUCUGCCGCUGCUAGAGUGCCUGGAUCGCACGUGGUGCUGCUGGUGGAGAUUCUCAACAAGUACCUGUAUUUCUUUGACAAGGGCAACCCCCACGUGACUCCUGUUGUGCUGCAAGGGCUCAUCGAGCUCAUCACCUCGGAGCUCGCUGUGGAUGGCUCCACCGUUGAUGCCACCGUCCAUAGCUUCUUCCGCGCUACGUUGGCGCAUAUAAGGGACCAGAAGCACAAGGCGGGUGCGCUAGGGGAGAAGUACUCGGAGAUCCAGAUUUGA